CAAUACCCGUUCUUCUGAUUGUCAAGAUUAAAUCCAGUAGCCACUGAACACAACAAGCGGUCAUUGCCUACUCGCUGAUAUUAAAGCUUAUCUUUGUCAAUAUGUGGAUCACUUUCGGUCUGCCAUACAUCCUCUUAACAAUCAUAAUCUUCGUAUCUCGCGAUGUUUAUGCAUCUGUUGAUCUUGAUCACCACGCCAUUGCUCUUCGAAAUCUCGGGUUGGAUUCAACAUCAUCACCAAAUACAAGCACACCGACAUGCCAACCCAAAUUCGAAGUCUCCAUAGUCACGUCCACAGUGUUGGUCACCGCCUCCAUCGAACCUUACUGUCAGCCGAACCAGACAGAACCAGGAAUCUCGAACAUCGAUUCAACUUCUGCAGUCAUUCCAGACGUAGCAUCUUCACGAAGUGAAAACUGCACCCACAAAGACUAUACUGAGAACAUACUUUCGCCAGUAGUUCACACCACAAACCCUGAAUUACCGGUCACUGGAUGCGAGAUUUGCUACCACGACAGUGCACAAAUAGCAACCAUUUUGAAGUCACCAGAGCCCACCGCACCCUGCGAAACAUCAACAACGACAAACUACACAUCAAAGCUCAGUUCCAGCGUGUAUUCAACAGGCCCCAUUGAAACUAUGCCUGCCGAGGAAAAUUCGUCGCCUCGGCAUACUGUGUGCUCUGGUUUAGGCUUCGGUGUUAUUGGUUUCAUUGUGUGGCUCACUGUCAACCUGUGAAGGUUGGAUACUAUAUUGCGUCCUCAACGAUCAUGGACCAUUCUGGAAAACAACUCGGAUACCUACUGCUACUUCCAAUGCCCCUGUUCGGUAUCACCUCCAUCCGCUUCUAUAAUCGACAAGAUGGCCUUGACAAUUGAUUGUCAAAGACAAAGCUUUGCAUUGUUCCUAUUGUUCGAUGGAUCUAUAGGGAAGCGCACCUAUUGAAUGGAAA